AUGAACUGCUACAUCGCCACAAAUGUCUCUCUUCAGCCCUUUCAUCCACUGAAGAACAUGCCCAAGUUUGCACCGACCUCCCCAGACCGUGCUCAAGCAACUAAUUGGAUGAAUCUAUGUCCUAGAUGGACCAAGGACGACAACAACAUUGACACUGCUCCAAAGGUGUUCCAAGACACUACUCCAAAGAUGUUCCAGGACGUUGUCCUCUCCAUCCCAGAGCUUGUUCACUUAAUCGCCAACCGCCUGGCAAGGCGCGAUAUCGCGGCCCUCAUCCGUGUCAACCGUACCUGGAAUAGCGCUUGGGUUCCUUAUCUCUACGAAAGUCUACACUUUUACCAGUACAAACGAACCAACGCCUAUCCAAAGAUCUGCAAAUCCGGAGACCAUGUCAAGACCCUCAGUCUCUAUUACACAAAAUGGGCCAGCGAUGUCGGGAACAGUAGGAAUUUUGUCGAGACAGAGGAUAUAAAGACCAAUAGUCCUGGUUCAAUACUGGGAUUCUGGUACGCCGUACGAACAAGUGAUUAUCACGAGAGUAUGGACGCGCAGGUUUUCAAGACGUAUCUGGGCGAGCUGCGUCGCCACUGCAAGGAGGAUCUAGGGUUUCCUGAAGUUGUAUUUGUCAUGAACACUGUCAAAAGUGAGCUGUAUCAGCGGCUUCAGAAGAUGAACGCCAAUGCCAAUAUGCUCAAUACGCUCAACAAGAAGCAACUGUAUGAGAUAGCCAAGAGACCAGAAUACAAGGUUCCUCUUGCUUCAGAGGUCAUUGCCCAGAAAUCCUAUCUAUACGAACGAUUUGACAAGUGCGACGAAGUCUGGGAAGACUUGGUCAGACUCUCAACACAGAACGAAGAGCGGCGUAUUAUUCAGGAUCGAAUAUGCCUUGACGAGAGUCCAGCCUCUCCCUUGGAGUUCGAGGCCACUGAUUCAGAGACGGAAGACGAAGAAGACAAAGAAAUAGCUGGCGCGGAUGAAGAUGAUUAUUCGCUUCAAGGGACCAAGGCACUCUCCACAUUAAUAGGCGACGGAUACUGA